AAUAUUAGUCUCUAUUUGGUUGACAUUUACAGCAAUCAAAUGUUGUUAACAAUCACUGACUUAAUGAUCGAAUCAAACGUUUGUUGAUUUUGAAUGAAUCGAUGAUUCGAUUAAUGAAUUCAAUUGUCAUUCAAUAGCAAUGCAGUCAUUGAAGAGAUAAUUAUAUUAAUUGAGUUGUCGUUUGAAUUUAGGAUCAAUUAAUUGAUUUUAGUAUUGAGUUAUUUAGGCAUAGAUUUUGAGGUGAAUGUCAUGUCAACCGACGGGUCAGAUAAGCGGUCAGUUGACAUAAAGUCUGGAAAUAUUAAACAGUCGGGCGAUGAAGUGUUGGAUCCGAUGGAAGCGUUGUCUCAGUUGGAGAAACUUAUAUCACAAACAAAAGAGUUUGUCUCAAAUGACAACAAGAAGUUGACUUUCAAUGACAACAAAUUGCUCAACGAUUUGUUGGACAAACCCAUCAGCAAUGGUAAUGAUAACGAUGUAAAUAAAGAAAGCGAUGGCGAGUCUGUUGACGACAUGAAUGGGGAUUUAGCCGAUGAUGAAGAAGAUCUUAUUGAUGAAGAAGUGUCAGAUACAGACAAUCGAGACAAUGAUAAAAACAACUCAAAGGGAUUAAAGAGAACGAGUGAUAAUUGUGAAGAGGAUAACAAUUGUAGUGAUGAUGAAGAUUAUGACAACGAAAAUAAAGUAUCAAAGCCUAAGAAGAAAAUGAGAUCGUCUGAGAAGAAAAAGAAAACAUCGACACCAAAGGCUAAGAAGCGAUUAUCUAAUCCAAUGAAGAGGAAAAAUAUUAAGGAUAUUAUGAAUGAAAACGAUUUGGACAAAGACACACAAUUGGCCCGAAAAGAGGAAGAAGAAAGACUUCAAAGACAAAUAGAGCGCGAAAAUCAAAGACGACACGAACUGAUUCCCAAUAAGACUGACAAUAAUUUUUUGUCGUUCAGAUUUGCCGAAAUUCCAGACAACGAUGAAGUGCUUCUUAGCAGUGAUGAUGAAAGACGUAAUGAAUCGGCAGUACAUAACAAAUCAAUCAGUAAUCAAACUGCAGAUUCAAUUGAUAUAAUAGACUUAUCAUCGGGUGAUGAGGACUUUACACCAUCAAUAACACCUUCCAAUGGAUGCUCUGGUUUUAACAAUAGAAGAGUGGAUUACGAAAACAGUGGAAUUUCAUUAGAUUACAAUAUGGUUGGCGCUGACGAUGUCGAUGACAUUCAAAUUGUUGAUAACAGCGAAAUGACUCAUAACACACUCGAAGAUAUGAAUAACUGUGGUUCACAUACAGAUGACACUUUGAACGCACCAGACGUUGAAGGCCGAGUACUGGUUAAUGUUGGUCAUCCAACUGAAGAUUCCGAUAUAUUUUUGGCGCCACAACUAUCUCGAAGUGUUAAACCGCACCAAAUCGGAGGCAUUCGCUUUAUGUACGAUAAUAUUGUUGAAUCGUUGGAUAUGUUUAAAAGUUCACCCGGUUUUGGGUGUAUUCUCGCACAUUCAAUGGGUUUAGGAAAGACCAUUCAGGUGAUCUCAUUCAUCGACAUUCUCUUGAGUCACACAAACGCUAAACUAGUUCUUUGUAUUGUUCCUAUAAAUACACUACAAAAUUGGAUCAAUGAGUUUAAUAUAUGGUUACCCGAUUCAACUAUAGAUAAAUUCUUUCAAAAACCCGGACACGAAACUCCCGGUGAAGUAAAGUAUAGAUCAUUUAAGGUCUACGAUAUUAAUGACGCAAAGUCUACUAUAACGAGAGCUAAAGAGAUACUACUUUGGCGUAAAAAUGGAGGCGUUUUACUUAUGGGUUACGAAAUGUUUAGAAUAUUGACAUCGAAUAUAAAACAAAAGUCUAAAAAAGAUGAAGAGAUUAAUCCAUUUGAAUUUGAAAAGAUGAAUACAGCUGUCAAAGAGUCAUUGUUAACACAUCCGGAUCUGAUUGUCUGUGAUGAAGGACAUCGCAUCAAGAAUGCUAAGGCAGGCAUAAGUCAAGCUUUGAAACUAAUUAAAACUAAACGAAGAAUUGUUUUAACGGGUUAUCCAUUGCAAAACAAUUUGAUUGAGUACUGGUGUAUGAUUGACUUCGUUAGACCUAAUUAUUUGGGAACCAGACAUGAGUUUAUCAAUAUGUUUGAGAAACCAAUCACUAAUGGCCAGUGUAUUGAUUCAACUGGAUAUGACAAACAACUUAUGAGAUACCGGACACAUGUAUUGUACCAAUUAUUGAAAGGAUUUGUCCAAAGACGCAGUCAUAUAGUGCUCCAGAAUGCUCUGCCCAUGAAAAAUGAAUACGUGUUGAUGUGUCGAAUGACUAAAUUACAAAAAGAUCUGAUGAUGGCAUUCAUGGACACAGCAAUCCAUGAUCCCGACUCUUUAGGCACAUAUAAGGGUCGCAUAAAUAUUUUAGUCAUUUUUGCCGUUUGCUGUAAAAUAUGGAACCAUCCGGAUAUCAUUUAUGAUAUUCUUCGGGAAGGUAUAUCUCGUGAUGAUCUCGACAUCGAAGCUAUUCCAACGAAAAACAAUAAGACUAACAGAAAUAAGAAGAAAAAUGAUAAUAAUAUGAACAAUAAUUUGGAUUCAUUUAUUAAGAAUGGAUUUGGAUUAGACUCAAAUCGGAUGAAAGGAAAUAAUUAUUCAAAUGAUUUGAUGAGUGAGUUAUUUGAUGCUCCGUUGAGGACAAGAAAUGAAGGAAUAAUUGAUUAUUCGUGGGCUGAGCCAAAACUUGGUGAUUAUAAAGUGGGACUAAUCGAGAAUUCUUUUAAAAUGUUUUUAUUAUUCGAGAUAAUCAAAGAGAGUAUUGCUUUGGGCGACAGAUUAUUGAUAUUUAGUCAAUCGUUAAUGACUUUGGAUCUAAUAGAAAGAUUUCUACAGUCAAGAACAGUGCCAAAUACAGGGAACAAUUGGAUUAAGAAUGUAACAUAUUAUCGAUUAGACGGAUCGACUUCUACUCACGAGAGAGAAAGAUAUAUCGAAAAGUUUAAUAAAACAAAAGACGCCCAUCUUUUUCUUAUAUCUACCAAAGCUGGAAGUCUUGGUAUUAAUCUAAUUGGUGCCAAUCGUAUUGUAAUAUUUGAUGCCAGUUGGAACCCAUGUCAUGACGCACAGGCAGCCUGUCGUAUAUAUCGCUACGGACAGGCCAAACCGUGUUAUAUUUAUCGACUGAUUUGCGACAACUCACUGGAGAAAAAAAUGUAUGACAGACAGGUCAACAAACAAGGAAUGGCCAAUCGGGUAGUGGAUGAACAAAAUAUUGAGGCCAACUUUACGUGGAGAGAAAUUACCGAAUUGUUGGCCGAUUUAAAUACAAUAGAAGAGCCACCCAUUGAAGUGUUUACUGUCGAACAGUUGUCUAAAUUUAAUGACGAACUCAUUAAAAGGAUUUGUCGCAAACAUAACUACUCAAUAACACGACUUCCCUUUGAACACGAAUCGCUAUUUUUGGAUAGAAAGGAACAGAAGUUGAAUUCUCUGGAAAAACGAAUGGCUUUCAGACAAUAUGAUGAAGCAAAACGAGGAAAGGUUACUAACGAUAUGCUUUCAUCUCCAUAUUCACUCAAUCACACCACUAGUAACUAUCCUCCUUAUGGACUACCAUUUGGAGGGGGAGGGAGUGUCAAGUUUGAGCCAACUUAUAAUUCAUUGCCGGAUCAGAUUACUCCUACUCCUAAUCCAUUUUAUUUGAAUGGUGUUAACUCAUAUCCUAAUGUGAGUCAACCAUUGCCUGCAUAUCCACCACAACCUCGAAAUAUACAUUUCCAAAACUUUGACUCCAUUGCCGAAAAUAUGGUUCGCAGUGGAAAUACAGUCAAAAAGCUAAGAGUGCCCAAUGACUUAAAUAUUAGUGUAGGGCUUAAUAAUUCAGUCAGUAUUAAAAGAGGUGAAGAAGUUAUGGUUAUUCAAACUCCUAAAGGUCUUUACCUCAGAACAAAUGAGGGUCACAUCAUAUCCAUAAAAAAUUCUCAAUCAAAUGCCUUUUUGUCACAAAUGCCUUCAUCUAUGCCUCAAUCGAGUAACUCAUUUGGUGUUCUUCAGCCAAACUUACAAUGUGGUGGUACUGUUCAUUGUUUGCCGUCAUCACUAAGACUUACCGGUAACUCUACGUCCACUGUUUCGCACCCACCAGAAGUGGUCCAAUUAAGUGAUGACGACGACGACAAUGACGACGACGAUAAGUUACAAAUGACUAACAUUUCCGAUAAUAAUGAGACACAAACUAUCGAUAGCAGUACUAAUGAUCCAUCAAUAUUGUCAAACGGAUCGACAGCUAAUUUAGAUACAUACCCAACAGCUGAAGAGAUUAAUAAUUCAAUGGACCAGUUCUUAGUGUCGACAGUGGAUAACGAUGACGACGAUGAGUGCCAAAAAUACUCGAAUGAUUUGUCAUUUGAUUCACUACUUGAUGAACCAUUAGACAACUCUUCAUUGAUUGACACCACGUCUUCAAUUGAUAAUCUUAUGCCUUCUCAUAGUUCUCACGAUAACUCUAUAACAUAUUGA